AGGGAAGAAAGCCAAUUCCUUUAGUGGAAUAUUUCGGGUUAUGGGUUCCCGGCGUCGCCUUCCAGGGAAAUACAUUCCCUAUCAAUCGAUCAAAGACGGAUCUCAGGCUCCUCCUGUCAAUAGAAUCGAAACGGAAUCGCCUAUGACCACUUUCAAUGCUGGUAUGAACAGCAUCACGGAGCCUGAGGGUCAUACUCAACCAACAACUGAAGCAAGGACUAAUUUGCUCAUGCCCCAGGUGGACCAAACUAUUCACUUUACCGUCCGGAUCAUGAUGGCAGAAAACAUUGGAGGCUGCGUUGCACUGAAAGCCUAUAGAACCAGCCUUGUUGAUGAAUUAUCAUCGAAAGUCGCAUGGAAGCUAGAUCCUGCAAAAUUCCAGACCAAACGUCGCCUGCUUGAUGCUGUACCUUAUAUAGAGGAGGAUCAUGUUACUGACAAAGAGCUCGACAUCCUACGACGCUGGAUCCAAGAGUCUGGAAACAUUGGAGGAACCUUUCAGCAGGUUCAUACAAAAAGAUUCAGUGUACGCCCAUUCAGCAGUGGGGUUUCUCAAAAUGCCCAGCUAUCUGCUACAAUGGAAGCUAGUUACACGAAAUCCUUCCAAGUUCCAGAGAAAUCAAAGUCCUUCGCAGACCGUCUGAACCCUCUCCUCGACGAAGCGCGUUCACCUAAGCUCAUGUAUCAACCCAAGAUAUAGUACCAUUAUACCAAUACGAACCCUAAUACCUUCUUCACUAAAUUGGAAUGUACAUUAAGAAUUUUAUUCGCCUCAAUAAAUGUCUAGCUACUGUGGAGGCCGACUAAUAGAUCGAGCGAUUUGCUCUGGUCCUCGGAAAGCUUGUUUAUCAAAAUAGGAGUUUGAAC